AACUAUUAAGUGUAGCCAGCCAGUAGCUGGCGCCUGGCGAUUUCCUUGAAGCAGACGAGAGUCGCUGCAGCACAUUUCUCCUCUUGCCCUUUCUCUACGUCAAAAAUCUGGUUGGUUACGUUUUAGUGUUUGAACGAAAAUAUCAAUCGCGCUUCAGUCUUCGAUCUUCUCUCCUCUCCUGUAUAGUUGUUUUCCAGGCAUUAAUUCUUUUCAAGCUACAUGGCAGACCAGCAUCCAUCUGCGGAUCCAAACACAAGCAAUGCUUCUGGAGGAGUUUCUGAAUCAUCAAUUAAGAUCAAUAUCAAGACCUUAGAUUCGCAGAAUCAUGUUUUCCAUGUGGACAAGAAUAUUCAAGUUUCUGCCUUGAAGGAGAAAGUAGCUGCUCAAACUGGUGUCCCUGUAGUACAGCAGAGGCUUAUUUUUCGGGGGAAGGUUUUGAAGGAUGGCCACCUCCUUUCAGAAUAUCAUUUGGAGAAUGGGGAUGCAUUGCACUUGGUAAGAGAGCUGUCCCAGCAACAAUCCUCAUCUGGUUCCAACACUACAGAGGCUACUGCACCUAAUGGACAAGAUCCAACCACUGGUGCCUCACGCAGCCGAAUUGGGCAAAUUUCGCAUAGUGUUAUGCUAGGCACUUUCAAUGUUGGUGAUCAAGGAGGCGGUCUUGUUCCCGAUCUAAGUCGGGUUAUUGGGGCAGUUUUAAACUCUGUUGGAAUUGGGAGCCAGAUUGGUGGCCAACAUCCUGGCGUGCAGGUUACUGCUCCCACUUUUGCUUCACAAGGAAAUGAAGCAGCAGAAGGCAUCCAAAAUAAUCCUGGUGCUCGAAAUCAGGCUGGAAAUCAACUGCCUGGUCAAUCUUUACCUCAAGCCAUGCACAUCCCGCUUGGCGCAACAAUUCCAAUUCCUUCACUUAACUUGCCCAUACCUGAUUCUUUGCACACACUGGUUGAAUUUAUAAAGCGCAUGGAGCUUGUGUUAUCACAGAAUGAUAAUCUACAAAACCAAUCACCUAUUGAUUCUUCAAGAGUAGAGUUGCCUACAAAUGCUCGUGGUCUUCCAACUCCUUUGGCAUUGAGCACUGUUUUGCGACUUAUGGAGCAUCUAGUUGGCAACCAUGUUGUUUCAGCUCUAUCUCGCAUUGGAGGACGUUUGGAGCAUGAAAGUGAUUCUACUGAUCCUACAGUAAGAGGACAAAUAAGGAUAGAAUCUGUGCAAUUAGGUCUUGCAAUGCAGCAUUUGGGUGCUCUGUUCCUAGAGCUUGGAAGGACAAUAUUGACGUUGCGAAUGGGACAAUCACCUGCUGAUUCUUCAGUCAAUGCUGGUCCUGCGGUUUACAUUUCUCCAUCAGGGCCAAAUCCUAUAAUGGUUCAGCCUUUUCCCGUUCAAACCAACUCUCUUUUCUCUGGCUUCACUUCUGCUCCAUCCAAUCCAGGAGGGUUCAACCCUGUUGGGAUUAGCAGUGCACCAAGGAAUGUAAAUAUACACAUACAUACUGGGACAUCAUUGGCGCCCAUCAUUUCUGCAGUUGGUGCCAGGGCAGCCAAUGGAGAUGCAACUCCAGGAGAGCGUGCUAAUAGAAGUGGCUCUGGUGGCUCCAGUCAAUCAGGGGGUGUGCCUGAAAUUAAUAGUUUUGCAACAGAUGUACCAGCAACAGACACUGUUACUUCACUCCCUGGUGCUCCACAGCCUGGUCAAUCUGAAACUGCAACCAUUGAAGAGCCACCUGUCAGUUCUGGUUGUGAAAGUCGAAGGACUGAAGAAAGUCAGAUUCAAGUCCAAUCUCAGCAAAUACCAGAAGGGCCUUCAAGCAGUUUGGCAGGCAGCUCUCAGGGAAUUGAUGGCUCUAGUAGUUCAUUACCUGAACCACUUGGAUUGGGGAUGGGAGGUUUGCAACUGAAAAAGAAAAUCAAGCAGUCACAAGGAAAGGGUGGCAACAGUGCAGCUACCCCCUGUGCAAAUUCCCUGCCUUCAGUACGGUUCUCUCAUUCAGCUAGGGAAACUCUGGAGAGUACAAACUCCAGAGGAAAUGACCAAUCUGGCAUUGCAAAUGCAAUGUCACAAGUUCUUCAGAGUCCUGCUUUAAACGGUCUAUUAAGCGGGGUCUCACAACAAACUGGGGUUGGUUCUCCUGAUGUCUUCAGGAAUAUGUUGCAGCAAUUUACUCAGAGCCCAGCAAUGAUGAAUGCCGUCAGUCAAAUGGCUCAACAGAUCGAUACUCAAGAUCAUGGAAGCAUGUUUGCUGGAUUGGGUGCCGGCCAGGGUGGUGGUGUAGAUUUUUCCAAUAUGCUUCAGCAAAUGAUGCCACUUGUAUCCCAAGCUCUUGGUGGUGUUUCAACUGCAACUCAACAAGCUCCCCUAAUGGAAGUCGGGGCAAAUGAAGGUGGUGCAAGGAGAGAAACAAUACAAACUGCUGAAAAUGCUCAGAGUGGCCUCCAAGAGGUGGCUCAAAGGAUAGAACGUAACAACUCACCCGUAGAGAUAUUCCGUGGUGUAGUUGAAAGUGUGGCUCGCGGGCAUCAUAAUGGGAGCCUUGUGAAUCAUUUGUGCAAUACAGAAGGCCUUGCAAAUGAAUUUAUGGAGGUGUUGCGUCGUGAUAUCUCCCAACGACUUCAAGACAAAACAGGAAAGGACCACUAGGAAAUCGUAACAGUGUGUCAUUUAUCUUCACUGCCAUGGGAUCAGCUUCAGCCAGUGUUAUCUUUUUCAAACAAUUUUGUAAGAAAUUACGAAUAUUAAACAUUACAUCUAAGAAAUUACGAAUAUUAAACAUUACAUCUAA